AUGGAAAAGUUCAAUGGCCUUGGGGUGAUUCUUGAGAAUCGUUACUAUGGCGAAAGCUACCCUUACAACUCUAGUACGACGGAUGAGCUGAGGUUUCUGACUACAGAGCAGACUAUUGCCGACAACGCCUACUUCAGACAACAUGCCACCUUCCCAGGCAUCAACGCUAGUCUGAGCAGCGCCGACACCCCAUGGAUCAUGUACGGUGGUUCUCUUGCUGGUGCCCAUACCGCAUUCACCAUGAAGACAUACAAUGAUGUCUUUGCCGGAGGUAUUGGUAGUAGCGCCACUGUCCAGGCUUUGCUCGAAUACCCCCAAUGGUACAAUCCCAUCAUGAAGUUUGGCCCGGCGGACUGCAUCUCCAGGAUUGUCGACAUUGUUGACAAGAUUGAUGAGCUCAUCUGGAGUGGGAACAAGGAAGGCAUUCAGCAGCUCAAGGACAUCUUUGGUCUCGGAGCCCUGCAAGAUCUAAGAGACUUUGCUAUGACAAUUGCGUUCCCGAUUGGUGGUCCCAUGAAUUAUCCGACCAAUACCUGGCAAGAGCUCAACUGGUCCGACCGCUACGGCUCCAAAGACUUCUUUAGCUUCUGCGGCAAUGUAACGCAAAUCAAUCCACCGGAAAACACCAGCAGCGUCGACAUGGCGCUUUCUAAGUACACCAAUGGCGAGCCUUGGACUGGAUUAGGUGGAUAUGCCGACUACGUCAAGAAGACGCUCAUCCCAACCUGCGAGAGUGGCCGGAUAGACAGCACAGAUAAUGGCUGCUUCGGCACGCAAAACCAGACAUACUACGCCGACCCCACAAACGGAGCUGCGCGCUCAUACCUCUACUCAACCUGUUCCGAGUCUGGCGGUUACCAAGUGGCGCCCACAAACGGCCCCUCCCUCAUCUCUCGCGUCCUCCAAAUCGACUACACCCAGCAAUGGUGCACCUGGGCCUUUCCACCCGGCGAGCACAACAGCAUCCCCGCCACUCCCGCGUUGCACUACUACAACAAAUACGGAGGCUGGGAUCUUCAAGCUGAGAAUCUCGCUCUUAUCGACGGAAACACAGAUGUCUGGCUCGAUCUGUGCUACCAUUCAAACUUGGCGGCUCAGCCUAGGAUCAGCAGCGAUAAGUAUCCGAAUUAUCUGAUUGCGGGAGCUGGACAUCAUUGGGAUAGCUAUGGGAUUAAGAAUGUCAGCGCUGAGCCGAACUAUAUCAGAGAGGCGCAUUAUUGGGAGGAGAGGACUGUGAGUCUAUUCUUGCAGUUCUGGGCGGAGAAGGACCAUUAUGUUGGGACGAACUGA